AUGUCCACCCUCCUCCGCUUCCGCCCUUUCACCGCGAGGAACACCGUAAGAUCUUUCACCCUCAACGCUCACCACCAACCGAACUCGGCGGUCAGCGCGCAACACGCGAUUUACAUCUCCAACUCCACAAAUCCGUAUUUCAACCUGACAUUAGAGGACUGGCUAUUCAGACAUAAAUCGCCGUCGGACCCGCUCUUGCUCAUAUACCGCGACGAGCCGUGCGUCGUCAUUGGCAGAAAUCAGAACCCGUGGAAGGAGGUAAACUUCGACGCGCUACGUUCGCACCCAGGUGUUCCAUUCCUAAGGAGAAGGAGUGGGGGUGGGACGGUCUAUCAUGACCUAGGCAAUACAAACUUUUCCAUUCACCUCCCGCGCACCUCCUUUGACCGCCAUGUAACGGGGCAGAUCGUCUUACGCGCCGUGCGUUCGCUGGGUGUUACGACGGCAGUUUUGAAUGAGAGGAACGAUAUUUGUGUUGGGGCUGAUAAGAUGAGUGGCGUCCUUCAUCGUGCCCCGCGUCUUGCAGGACACGUCUCAGGCUCAGCCUACAAAAUCGUAAAUAAACGCGCCUAUCACCACGGCACGAUGCUCAUCUCAACGCGGCUCGAUACUUUGGGCGAUUUAUUACGUCCCAAGGAUAAGGAUAGCAUGGUUACAAAGGGCGUUGCAUCGGUCCGCUCUCCUGUUUGCAACCUGCAGCAAUACGACACAAAUGUCACACAUGAAGCGUUCACAGCUGCCGUUGUUAACGAAUUUCAAAAAGAGUAUGGAGUAAACGAGCAACCAUGUAUUGUCCACGAAACCGACGACGUAAAAAACGUCGAAUAUAUCCGGAAAGGCAUGGCCGAGCUCCCGACAUGGGAUUGGGCCUACGGCCAAACGCCCGAAUUUACAUAUACCAUCAACCGUACAUUCCCCUGGGGAGAUGUUUCUGCUGAAAUUCGCGCGAAACACGGAGUCAUCCUCGACUGCUCAAUCAAAGCUGCGGGCACCUCACACGGGGCAGUCCUCGAAGCGUUCGGUCAAUCGUUUUACAUAGGGAAACGCUAUGGGUUCGUCGAGAAUGAUGAGGGUGCGGCGGAUGAAGUGAAGGAGAUUGCGGACGUGAAAGUGUGGUUGAGGGGUGCAAUGUCUUGA